AUGGGAGAAAUUCCCAAGACCUGCCUAGCUGGCGUCGUUGUAAAUGAAGGGCCAGAUUUUCGUAUUGACGUUGUCGAAGUCCCUGUCCCGGAGCCGGGGCCUUACGAAGUCCUGAUUAAACUUAACACGACGGGUUUGUGCAUGUCCGAUGUUCAUUACAUGCUCAAUGACCUGGGCGUGCCGUCGAUGUCGCAUUUUCAGACGAGAUCUCCCGGGCAUGAGGGUGCAGGGGUGAUAGUCAAAGUCGGGUCGCAAGUAACGUCGCUCAAUGUCGGCCAGCGGGCUGGGAUGAAGCCGACCUGGGAUGUGUGUCAUUCAUGUGAGAGUUGUCGGAAUGGCCGGGAGAACUACUGCAAGGGUAGCAUUUCCACGGGGCUGCAAAAGCCUGGCUCAUAUCAACAAUAUGUUGUCUCGCCAGAACGAUACACUGUCCUCAUUCCAGAAGGCGUGAGCGACUAUGUUGCAGGACCAGUGAUGUGCUCAGCGUCCACUAUGCUGCAUUCUCUGAAGACGGCAAAUCUCUCACCGGGACAAUGGGCCGUAUUCAUUGGAGGUGGAGGUGGCGUCGGUCUGCAGGGCGUUCAACUGGCAUACGCAAUGGGUCUCCGACCCAUUGUGGUCGACACCGGAAAGAAACGGCGCGAGCUCAGCCGGAAAUACGGUGCUGAGCAUUUCGUGGAUUUCAGGGAAAAGAAAGAUCCAGUGGCCGAUGUUCUCGCAUUAACCGAUGGCGGUGCCCAUGGUGUUUUUGUGACUGCCAUUCAAGCAUAUCACUCCGCCAUGGGAUACCUUGGUGAUCGAGUGGGUGGAAAGUUGAUGUGUAUCGGUAUUGGCCCGCCGAAUCGACACACCAUCACCCUCGAUCCAACAGCUUCAAAUUUUAUGCUUCGCAAUCAAUCAGUGACAAGCACAAUCGUUAGUUCGCUGGGUGAGAUUGCACUCGCGCUCGACUUUGCUAGACGCGGAAAACUCCAUCUCGAUCCAGAGGUAGUGGGUGUGUCGCAGUGGAACGAGUCGGUCCAGAAACUUAAGAAUGGGCAGGUUGCUGGACGAAUUGUGGUCGACUUUAACAAGCCUUGA